ACAGAUAGAUUAAUUGAUAAAGUAAUUAUAAAAUAGGAGAAAAAAAACAAAAAUCAAUAAAUUUUUGUUUUACUAUAGAUAUUAAUUUAACAGUAAAAUCUCUAUUAGUGAACAAUUUUUUGCAGUCCCUUUUGCUAAAUAGAACCUAUUGAAUUUAAAUAUGUUUUUUUUCUUGAUCUCUUUCUCUAUUCUGUCACCUAUUUCAUAUGCACUACGAGUACGGAUAUUUUGUGUAUGAUUCGACUGUUGAACAUAUAAAGGAAAGAACAAUAUCAUGAUACGAGUUUACUUUCUCAAGAAAAAACAAAUUGACUAGAAAAAUAUAAUAUAUCACUAAAUUCUAUUUCAAAUAUUUUAAAACAUAAAACAAAUCAAAAUAAAAGUGUUAGAGGAGAAAUAGAAGAUAUGAAUGUAUAAAAACUAGACGAUCGAGUAUAUGAAUGAUUUCUAUAGAAAGACAAAGAAAACAUAGUUCAAAAACAAAAAGACACACAGUAUAAGAAAAUUCUUGUUUAAAAACAAUAAAAUAUUGUUUUGUACUUGAAAAAUCUUUCAAUUCAAAUCAUUCAGAUGACAAUAGAUAAAAAAAGAGAAUAAAUAAUAAAAUCUUUAUCUAUGACUAAUAUAGAAGUAGAUUUUCUGAAAUCUAUUCUUCAUUUCACAACAAAUUAUGUUUCAACUCUUUAAAGUGAAUACCUUUGUAUAGUGAACAAUUUUGAAUAGUUCCAAUCAUAUUCAUAAUAAAGAGAUUUUACUGUAUAAGUAAUUUUUUUGUCGUCAAAAUCUUUUCCAAUUCAAUAGAAGAAGUAAAAUUGGCAAAUAUAAAAAGAAAUCUCUGAUAUCAAUAUGAUCUCUUAAACUUAAAACAUCAGCAGGAUACAACUGCAUAUCAAACGAUAUGUUGAAGUUAUUUCUUUAUGGAUAUGUACAAUGUCUUUGCAAUAAUUUUAACCUUUGACUAAAAGCAUGUAAAUUUCUCCAAUGAAUGGAAAGUAGUUAAGGUUAUGACAGGAGGUAGUACACAGCAUUAAUAUUGAAACUAAAUCAAUUAAAUAUAUCAAAGGAACUAUUGAAAAUGAUAUAGUCUUAGUUGUCAAUACAAAAAAAGUACAGAUCCGAAUUACCCCUCGGGUCUGUAUUUGUAGUCUAUGAUGAAAAUAAUACUAAAGAGUUUUCUAUAUCAAUUGGACUAUCUUAAGAAAGUAGCCUAAGUUAAUAUUUAUCUAUAGUAAUUCAUUCGUAUCUUGUACAGCUUAUACAAGGUUUUUCGAUUCAUGUAGUUGUUGACAACCUAAAUAUGUUCAUUAGAGCAUCAAUAGAAAAGAAAUUUGAGUUCAUGUUAUAGUUUCUGAAACACGAAGAUAUUAGAAUAUGCAAUAAAUUUUUAGAAUAUGUUAGGAGAUAGAAACAACUGAUAAACAUCUCUAAAUUAGUUUAUCAAACAUGUCACACACAAGUUAAUCUACGCUCUCUAACAGUAUUAAUGAACGAUGUUCCAGUCAUGUAUAUGUGUGUGUGUGUGAACGACUAAAUUGUCCAUGCUCAAAUUGUUUAGAAAAGAUUCAACAAUCAUACACAAAACUGAAAUGGUUGAAACAUAGUAGAAUCAUUUUCAUUAGUCUAUUUAGAUAAUGCUUUUUCCACAUAUUCAUUCUUAUUUUUUAUUUGACUUUUCUACCUUUUUUGUCCUUUCUUCAGUAUACUCAACAAGAAUUGCUUCGACAAAACUUUAGAGUAUGUCUAAGAUUAAUCCAUCGAUAUCUAUAGGUAGUUGCAGAUUGAGAGUUGCUUUUCUUUACCAAUGAAAAAGAUUUAGAUUAUUAUGUUAAAAAUUAUAUCAGAAAAAGAGUUUCAAAAAAACAUCUCUAAAUCAAAUCUUUCAACUUUAUUCUUCUUCAAUGAUAUUUCAUUCUAGAGUGAAUUAAAAAAAAAUCAAAAAAGAAAUAUAAAUAUUUGUUAGAAAUAUGAUUAAAAGUUAAUAAAAAUAAUUAAACAAAUAAAUCAUAUCAACAAAUGAUACCAUACACACUGAUCUUGCUUUUUUUUCAACUUCUCUUAUCUAAUUUUCUCUCUCGAUGUCAUUAACAUUAUAUUAUCGUAUUUUUCUCCUUUUAUUUCUUUUUUUGUUUCUAACCUGUCUCUGAGCACCCUAUAACAUCACAAAUACAAAAAAAACCAUGCAUAAUCAAAAAAAUAAUAAUUUUAUUUUUCAUAGGUAUUUUUUUCUUCAAAAUCAAGAAAAACUUGAAUUUUUUAUUUCUAUUGAAUUUAUAAUGAAGUCAAGUCUUAAAGAUAAGAAUAUAUUAAUCUCAUCGAUUUGAAUUUUAAUUUGUCUAAAUUGAUAAAAAAUAAAUUUUUAAUGUUUCAUAAUUAGUUCAAUAGCAAUAGAAUUAUUGAUACUUUAUAGAUAAGAUAUAUUCAUUUGCUUUUUUUUUUUAAAUAUAUUUUUAGCUUGUUGGUCAUUUUAUUGAACCACAUUGUCUUAAUCCAACAUUUCUUUGUGAUCAUCCACAAAUCAUGAGUCCAUUGGCAAAAUAUCAUCGUUCUAUACCUAGUUUAACAGAACGUUUUGAAUUAUUUGUUUGUUAUAAAGAAUUAUGUAAUUCAUAUACUGAAUUGAAUGAUCCAAUUGUACAACGUGAAAUGUUUGAAUUACAAGCAAAAAAUAAACUAGUUGGUGAUGAAGAAGCUCAAAUAAUUGAUGAAAAUUAUUGUAAAGCACUUGAAUAUGGUUUACCUCCAACUGGAGGUUGGGGUAUAGGAAUUUAUCGCUUAACAAUGAUUUUAACAAAUAGUAACAAUAUUAAAGUAAGUUAUAUAUAA